AUGGAAAAAGACCAUUCCCGUAAGUUAGAAGUAAAGAGCAGUGGACCUUCCAAAGAGACUACUCCCAAGAGGAUCAUCCAUUUUGUUAACGGAGACAUCAUGGAAGAAUAUAGCACGGAGGAAGAGGAGGAGAAAGAAAAAGAGGAACAGAGAAUGAAUUCAACGCUUGAUCCUUCUAAACUUUCAUGGGGGUCUUAUCUACUGUUUUGGGCAAGGCAGAUAAUAAGUACCUCAUUUUCUGUAUGUGAUUUCCUUGGUGAAAGAUUUGCUAUCUUCUUUGGUCUUGAUCAACCCAAAUAUCAGUCUGUGUUAGAUGAGUACAAUCGGACACAAAAUAAGGAAAGUGGCAGGAAAACGGAAAGGAAUGGUGCAGAGGCUCUUUCAGCUGAGGUUCCUAAUGAAAAGCAUCCCCUACAGAUUGGUGGCCGAGCAUAUGGAACUCACCAACCAAACACUGCACAGUGGGGCACCUCAUCCAGGAAGGGCCUGGUAGCUGACUCCAGUCUCUGA